GAAGGUCAGCGGCCGCACGGAUCCACCACCCCACCCACUCCUUCCUCCCGGUAACGAGCAAAACAGCUUCUGGCUUUGGAGAGGGGAGAAGCAGAUUUUAACGGAGCUGAGGAGAGAGCGGGAGAUGAGAGUGUCUGUGUCACUGCCGCAAUUGUGGGCUGGAAAUAUGGCUACAGACUGGCUGGGAAGCAUCGUGUCAAUUAAUUGUGGAGAAAGCUUGGGUGUCUACCAAGGCCGAGUGUCCGCUGUGGAUCAGGUCAGCCAGACCAUCUCCCUGACGCGGCCCUUCCACAAUGGGGUCAAGUGCCUCGUGCCAGAAGUCACCUUCAGGGCAGGUGACAUUACUGAGCUGAAAAUUCUGGAGAUCCCAGGGCCAGGGGAGAGCAGACAAUGUGGCGAGCUGCAGCAGACAGAAAUGGGCAUCCCCGGUGUUGGUUGCCAAGUGGGUCCCAGUCAGAAUGGCACUGGAAAAGUGUUAAAGAAGCCCAUCUCCAGCAGUGCCCCACAGAAUAUCCCAAGGAGAACAGACAUGAAGAAUCAGGAUAUUAUAAUCUCUCCGCAGCAGCAGUGCUCCAAGAGCUACAUGGAUCGACACGUGGAAACACUGACUCAAUCCAAAGGCUUCCGCCGUAGACACAAUUCUUGGUCAUCUAGUAGCCGUCAUCCAAACCAAGUGACUCCAAAGAAGAGUGGCCUGAAAAAUGGGCAAAUGAAGAGCAAAGAUGACGAGUGCUUUGGAGAUGACAUUGAUGAAAUCCCAGACACAGAUUUUGAUUUUGAAGGGAACCUGGCCCUUUUUGACAAGGCAGCUGUUUUUGAAGAGAUUGAAACUUAUGAGAGGAGGAGCGGCACUCGUUCCCGGGGGACACCAAAUGAGAAACCAGCUCGUUAUCGGCACGACGAGAACAUCUUGGAAUCGGAGCCCAUUGUCUACAGAAGGAUUGUUGUACCCCAGAACGCUAACAAAGAAUUCUGCACGGACUCCGGGCUGGUUGUUCCAAGCGUCUCUUACGAGCUUCACAAGAAGCUGCUCUCGGUUGCUGAGAAGCACGGGCUGACUCUGGAGCGCAGGCUGGAGAUGACGGGAGUGUGUGCGAGUCAGAUGGCCCUGAGCCUCCUUGGAGGACCCAACAGGCUAAACCCGAAGAAUGUGCAUCAGCGGCCCACGGUAGCCCUGCUGUGUGGCCCCCACGUGAAGGGGGCCCAGGGGAUCAGCUGCGGCCGACACCUCUCCAACCACGAUGUCCAUGUCAUCCUUUUCCUGCCCAACUUUGUCAAGAUGCUGGAAUCCAUCACCAACGAGCUGAACCUCUUCAGCAAGACGCAAGGCCAGCAAGUGUCCAGCGUUAAAGAUCUCCCAGAUACCCCUGUUGACCUAGUGAUCAAUUGCCUGGAUUGUCACGAAAAUGCCUUUUUGAGAGAUCAGCCUUGGUACAAAGCAGUCGUGGACUGGGCUAACCAGAACCGGGCACCCGUCCUCAGCAUAGACCCUCCGAUCAGUGAAAUGGAGCAGGGCAUCGACGCCAAGUGGUCGCUGGCCCUGGGUCUGCCCCUGCCCCUGGGUGAGCGGGCAGGGCGCGUGUACCUCUGUGACAUUGGCAUUCCCCAGAAGGUCUUUCAAGAAGUGGGAAUAAACUACCACUCACCCUUUGGUUGCAAAUUCGUCAUCCCCCUGCACUCCACUUAGAGCCCAGACGGCCACGUGGCUCUGAAGGGAGAGAAGAGAGAAAGGAGGAGCUCUGUCAAAUAAGCUGUCCGGUGGAUCUUGACUAGUAAACUCGUGACGCCUUAAGGAUGUGAAGUUCUGGGGAGUUUUCCUUCCAGAAGAAACAUUGUGUAUUAAAAAAAAAAAAAAAAAAAAAAGAAAAAAAAGAAAAAAAGAAUAAUCACAAAAUGAAACAAAAAAAGAAGGAAGCGAAUGUUCCUGCAAAGCUGUUUUUGUUCUUUUGUGCCAUUGUAUGAAGGAACAUGCAGGAAGAUGAUGGUGUCUGUCCCUGGCAAAGGCGGGUGCUGCUGCCCAGGCCUGGCCAGGAGGCUGUUUAAUGAGGGGGUGUAUGUGGAGGUCGUACAAGUGACACGUGGUUUGGAGAUUUGUGUUUCUUGGUACUUCUGGGCGGAUAGACCUAGCAAGGACAUCCUGGUGGGAACAGCACCCCUUGAUUGUGUAGAAAUAACCUUCUGUUGCAGUUGUACCAGGAGGGAGAGGAUUUGUUUUCAUUCCAUUGUUCUUUCUCACUCCCCCUCUCCUGUUUUCUGUUCCUGAAGGCAGCUGUAGCUCACUCUCCCUCCUGGCCCCUCAAGGAGAGGGUUCCCUCUUCGAAGAGCUUGUGUCAAGAGCCAGAAGCUCUCAGGUUGCACACGCUCUGGGAACUAGGCUAGGCCUUAUUUGCUUAUGUACUCUGGCUUUUUGUUUGUUCAUUUAGUGGAUGAAACCCAGGUCUAUGGGAGCGAGGCAUGUUUUGGAAAAGAACUUUUCCAGGAUAGUUGGUUGGUUUGGAUUUUUUCUUUCUUUCUUUCUAGCACAGCAAGUGGCUGAAUCAGGGAAAGGAUCAUGAAGCAGGGCAGUGUCACCCUGGGUUUGUUGCGUGGUGUAUGGUGCAGGUGAAGUUUGGGUGCGUUCCCCCAGUGCUUCCAGUAUCCCUGCUGCGCUCAGUGUGGUUUGGGAUGUAGGUCAGGGAUCCCUUCAUUCCCUUUGGGCUCAAAGCCUGAGUGUAGGGUGGGCUUGUGUGUGUGUCUGUGUGCUGGGAACCAGCUUCAGGCAGGAAGGACUUGGGUCCUGCUGCCCUCCCAGAGGGCUUUGCUCUGAAUUACCGUAGGGCAUCUGCCCCAGGUUGCUUCCCAUGCGUUGGGUUUAUCUUUUCCUGUGUUCAUUUUCUUGGCCCGAUGGGGCCUUGGUGCGGUGCCUGGGCAGGGACAAGCUGAGGAACUGUCAGCUGGCUCUGGGAGCCCAUCACACUGGCUCUGGGCAUGUUCUCUGGAGGCUUUGUGCACAGGAGCUGACCCAGGGGAGUGCAAGGUGCUUGGCUUCCUUCCUGCUCACUCCUGAUACCCUGAGCAUGGACAGGGCUUGAGACUCCACUGUUCUUCUGUAACCUUUCCCAUCCCCAGAGCUCCUGCAGAUAUCUUGCACAGACCCUGUUCUGGCAGCUGGGAGAGCUUCAGAGCUUCAAAUGGAGCUUUUUCUCCAGGGGAGCUGGAUCCCUUCUGAGUCCAAAGUGCAGGAAAUGUGUGGAAACAGUCACCUUGGUGUAGCUGCUCCGUCACUGUGCUCUGCUGAGCAGGUAGAGUCCCACUGAGCAAACCCACUUGUGUGCUGAGUGGUGAGGAUUCACACAUCAGGCACUUUUUUUUCCCUUGCAUCAGCUUAGAACAAAGGCCAAGUAUAUCAAAGGAGGAGAGAAGAGACUUCCCUGAUUGAAAAGCAGCAAUAGAAUGACGGGGCUUUGAAGCCCCAGCCUGCAAGGCUGGAAAGCGCUGGGCUCGUCCCCACCACCACCUGAGGUCUCUUCACCUGCCAAACCUCCUGCCCGCUGCCGUAUCUACCUCAGGAGGACCAAGGGCUCUGCCCCUCUCCACAGCCGGACCCCCAGCUUCCCUGAGAUUUUUUCCUUGAUGAGGUUUAGAUGACUGACCCAUGUCAGUGGGCUCACGCCAAGGGGCCUUAGAUGGCCAGGGGACCCUUGGGUGCUGCGACAGGUGUAGCUUUGUCCUUGAACGGUUCCUCUCACGGAGGAAGGGCAAAGCCCCAGCACCUCUUCCUUGGGUGACCCACAUUUCAGCAAGGCCUCCGAUGGCAUUUAACAAGCUGUGGUUGCGAUUCGGCUGCGCUGGGAAGGGGUAGCGAUGUGGUUGGUUAUUUCAAAUGCAAAUGUGAGCCUUCCCUCUGCCUUUCUUGUUUCUUUGGCUGUUUUGGCUUCUUUAGCCAGGCAGAGGAGCAGCAGUUGGUUUAGAAAGGUGGAGAAGUGUCCCUUGGUUGUUGCUGUAGUACAGUGUUAGGUUUGAUCCCCUUAUUUUCACUUUCCUUGCUCACGACACUCGAGAAGAGAACUUGCUCUUUGAGUUUUUGCUUUUCUGGCCAUUUCUGGGUUUGGCUGUUCAGCUGUUGAUUGUACGCACCGAGCAGUAACAGUGUAGAAACGUUCAGGGCUCCAUCACUGGGUCCUUUUCUGCCUCUAUGCUGGAGUUACACACCCAGAAGGGCACUGGACCAGGUCAAGAUGGGUUUUUUUCAGGGAUGGCAGCUGGGAACAGGUCUUUACUCACUGCCACCUGGUGCCAGGGAGCACUAAGGCCCCGUGAAGCAAUAGGUUCCCCAUGUUUAAGCAAAAAAAACCAACCAAACAAACAACAAAUGAGCAGUGUUGCUCCACAGGAGGGUACAAACCCUCACCCGUGCAGUGUUUCGGGUGCAGCAGGCAGCUUUGGGCUGUGUUUGGCACAGUUAAACUUCACAGUGUGCUCACUGGCUGGAGAGGAGAUUACAUUUGGGUACUUGGCCGUACUUUCUCUCACAUAACAAGUAAGUUUUACUUGAGGAAGUGCUGCACUCACCCACGUGAAAUGCAUCUUUUGUGCAGGUCUGAGCUCUUCUUCUGGAGCACUCAGAGACCCAGAAAGGGGUCUGGGUCCCUUCUUUUCCCACAUUACUAGAGUUAAUUCAAAGAAUGGCACACUUAAGAAAAAUAAAAAUCUGUGUUUGAGAUAGUUUCUACCCCAACCUUAACCACCAUCAUAGGAACUGCCCGCAAGUGCUGCUCUGGUCACUAACGUGAAGAUCACUGCACUAUGUCACUGCUUGAUAUUCCAUUUGUGACCUAAUGUUUGUAACGACUAAUUCCUGCCACUACUGGGGGAUGUCCUGAAAUAAAGUGCAACUAUUCAUGUGUGC